AUGCAGGUGAGGAGGUCAACGGGGAGAGAAGCUUGGUGGUCAUCCAGCUGUUGCAGCAGUUCUCACAUCUGCCCACGCAGUCUGGACUGUGCCCGGGCGGGGAGGCACUUCUGCCUGCCCGGCAGCUCGCGCUGCGGGCCCUGCCUGAAUGCCCUGGUGGAGGACUCGCACGGCCACUGCGUCGUCAGGAGGAGGCACGCUCAUCAUCAUCCUCCUGCUCAGUCCGUUAAAGGGAAGGGCACCGCGUACCCCGUACUGGAUGAGGAGAUCGAUUUCCUCUCCGCCGUCAUCAGCGAGCAGAGAGUUGAAUCUGCCGUACCAGAUCGUCCUUUGCAGAACGUCAAAUCCACGCAGCUCGGAAAGUCCGGCCAAGAGUUUCCCACGGAGCGGCCCGCCGGCCAGAGCUUCCCCUUCAGCAGCAGCACCCCUCCGGCCACCGCCAAGCCCAGCCCCGCCCUGCUCAGCCAGCCCCUCAUCCUCCCCCACCACUCCACCGAUCACCUACUCGUCGCCAUGAGCGCUGCCUUCAUCGCGGCCACUUUGCUGGUGCUGGUCAUCGCAGGGGCCUGCUGGGUCAGAUUGCAGAAAGGGGCUCGCCCACCACUGAAGAUGGACCACCCGGCCCACAGAAUGAUGAGGGCGCACACCUUGUGUGACAAUCCCGGGGACCAGAAGCUGGCCCACAGCGCCCACAUGUACCACUACCAGCACCAGAAGCAGCAGAUGCUCUCCCUGGAGAAACACAGGGACGAGCCGAAACUCGCCGACUCGGCAGCGUCGACAGACGAGGAGAACGAGGACGGAGACUUCACCGUGUACGAGUGUCCCGGACUGGCCCCGACGGGGGAGAUGGAGGUGAAGAAUCCUCUGUUUGAUGACACCACUCUUUACCUGCUGAGAUUCCACAAGUAA